AUGUCUGGUCCCUUAGAAUUACCGCUUUUCCCUUCUUGCUAUGACUGUCUCUCGUGGUCGGAAGAUGGGGAGCUCGCGAUCGCCGCUGGAGACCACGUCCAAAUCUUAACUCCAAAAAAUGCAGCUGAACGGUUGGGUCAUGACACAAGUCAAUCUCCCACAAAUAAUUGGCAUUCAGUUCGCUUCCGUGUCAAUGUUUUCACGAACAAUGAGUGGCCUACGAUCUACCCCCAGAAUCGGGAUAAUUUCUCUCUCGGGGCCGAACAGUCCCUCAGCAAUGUAGUGGCAUUGGCCUGGUCCCCUCCAGGGUUGGCUAAAUAUCGACGUUGUGUUCUCGCGGUUCUGACAUCUAACCUACUGUUGUCGUUGUAUGAACCUGUCGGUUCUCAAGGGAAGUGGACUCGGGUUGCCAUACUAAAUGGCGCUUUAAAGACCCAUUUCAAUUCUACUGUCCAGGAGGAUGGCAUGCUAUUGCGGAAAUCCAAUAUUCGUGCUUUCGCGUGGUCACCGCCGCUUAAACUGCCAGCCGAAAGGCAUAUCACACCUUACUCUGUCCUACCUGCCGAGAGUCGCUGGGGAUUUCACCUGCUCUCAGUCGCAAACGAUGACAAUGAUGUUGUUGUGCUGAGAAUCCACAGACCACCAACAGGUCUCGGUCCGCCAUAUGAAGCCGGCGUUUUGUCAGUCAACUCUUUUCAGGAUACAAAUGAGCAUUAUCCAAAGCUGCAACAAUCAUCUAUUUUUUCUGAAAUUUUGAGAUCCAAAAUCAAGAUUCUGUCCAUGUCGUGGGGCCCAUGGUUUCAUGCAAAGGAAUCCGCGAGUGGCUUUCUCGCUGUCACUCAUGGGACUGCUCUCAAGGUGGUUCAUCUGGAUGUGAAGGUUCUGUCCCCACCCCCCGACACAGGCUCACAGCCGCAAUCCCAAAUCAAGGCUAUUUCCAAAGACAUUACGCCAAAGUUCUACGAAGGCUUGAGUGGAUAUCACUUUACAGGGCCAUUGGCAUGGAUGAAUACGGACGACUCUCAUACUGUCUGUUUGGCUGCGGGUACCCUGGCAGGGCUCAUAUUGAUAAAGGCGUCUAAAGAGCCCCAUCAAGGCAUUGAUCCAAGCUCUGGCCAAGUGCGACUGCAAGAACUGUUAUUCUAUGAAAGCCCGGAAAAUGAUAGCGAAACGGAACCUCCUAGGCACCCAGAGCCAAUAUCCGCAAUGAUUGUUGCGAUGGACACCGAUUCCCAGGCUCCUGUACUUUAUCUAGCAACGGCCGGAGGAUUCACAGCAGCAGUACCUUUCCGGGAUGGCGACGAUGAAUACCCGAUUCAUGCCGUCCCAUGGAAAGACCAGCUCGAUGAUGUGCGUGAGAGGUAUGACUUUGACCGCGAUCUUGGAGGCCUAGCAGUUGCCCGGGCUUGGGGUAUGGCUUUCUGCAGGGGAAUGAUCGCAGCUGGUAUUACCGUACACCCAGGGGAUAUGAUAGAAUAUCGCACAGCAGCGGAGGAAAGGUUAACAGUCAUAAUGUCGACAACCGAUGGUUCUCAAUCUGACGGACUCGAAUCUCGGUCGGUGUCGGACAGCUCUUCCGAGUAUCUUCGCCAGCAGCGAGAGGCUGCUUUGGGAUACAUUCUACACUUCGAAGACAAUAAUGAGAACCGACAACCGCUGUCUUUGAGUAUACUAUACGCUACGGCCUGCUGCACAAUCACCGAUUCAAAGAACGAGGCUCUACUGUCCCAAGCUCACAAAGUCUUGGUAAGGCUGGCAACUAUCACGGGUGUAGACCUGAACGAUGAGCUUUCCAAGUGUACGGCUUCUAGGACGACGAUCGCCCCCAAGCCUGUCGAGAUGCUUGAUGGGCCUGGCGGCCAGAUGUUCGAACGAUGCGAGAUCUGCAGCGCUGGGAUCGCAUGGUAUUCAACCGAGGAAGCCCAAUGUGCCACAGGCCACAUCUUUGUUCGCUGUAGCCUGACGUCAUUGGCCAUUCAGGACCCCGGAUCUUCCAAAGUCUGCUCCUCGUGUGGAAAGGAAUAUCUGGAUGAGGACAGUGUAGAGCCACCUGAAUCUGACGUAUCGUAUACCUGCCGAACGCUCUUCGAUGCGUUCGACACGUGUGUCUACUGCAAUGGCAAAUACCGUGCUUGA